AUGGGGGACUGUGCAGCUACAACAUUUGUAGUAGAAGAAAGGGAAGAAGAAGAUUUAGUUGCUGCUGCUCAAGAAAUUGUGAAAGCAUUGGAACUGAAAAAGAAGUUUUCAGUUGAUGCCAAGAAGAUAUUGGCAAAUCUUGGUUCUCGAUUAAUCAGCAUUAGCCGGGCGGCCGAUGAAAGUGAAGAUGAAGAUGAGCCCGAAGAAAAAAACGAAGGACACGUCGAUGUCGAACAACAACUGGACGAGAUUCAGGACAAGAUCAUGUGCUGGGAAAAGAAUCAGUCCAUGAUAUGGGAUUGCGGCACUCAAGAAGCACACGAGUAUCUCGAAUCCACCGACCAAAUUCGGAAAAUAAUCGAGAAAUCGGAAAACGACUCGUUUUCCAGCAACUUACUGAUUCGGGCCCACGACUUGCUCCAGAUGGCAAUGUCUCGACUUGAGGACGAGUUCCGGCACCUUUUGGUGCACAACAGACAGACUUUCGAGCCCGAGCACGUCUCAUUUCGCUCGAGCGAAGACGAAAAUAUCGAUUCCUGCUCGAUUAUCUCCUCCGGGGAUGACUCGGUGUUCGACGACGGGCUACGCAGGGACAGCACGACGGGGCGGGCUCACGAAGAGUACACCGUCGAGCUCAUUCGCCCGGAAGUGAUUUCGGACCUUAGAAGCAUUGCGAAUUUAAUGUUCGACUCGAACUAUGGCCGUGAGUGCUCUCAGGUGUUUGUGACCGUUCAGAAAGAUGCGCUCGACGAUUGCCUCUUCGUGCUCGAGUUCGAGAAGCUCAGCAUCGAGGACGUCCUGAAGAUGGAGUGGGGCCCGCUCGACUCGAGGAUACGUAGGUGGGUCCGUGCGCUGAAGCUCUUUGUGCGCGUCCACCUGGCAGCCGAGCGGCUCCUGGCCGACCAGGUCCUUGGGCCCGCCGGGCCCGCCUGCUUCUCCGAGUCGUCCCGGCCCGUGUUCCUCUGCCUGCUCGACUUUGCCGAGGCCAUCGCCGUCGGGCCCCACCAACCCGAGAAGCUGAUACGGAUCCUCGACAUGCGCGAGGCCUUGUCGGGCCUCGGUCCGGACUUGGUGGCCCUGUUCGGUGACGGCCCGUCAAGCAUUUGGGCCGAGUGCAUGGAAGUCCUCGGGAGGCUCGACGGGUGCCUUCGGGCGACUUUCCUCGAAUUCGAGACUGCCGUCGGGUCGAACAUCUCGUCCGGCCCGUUUCCCGGCGGUGGAGUCCACCCGCUCACAAAGUACGUCAUGAACUACAUGCUAACCCUAACGGACUAUGACGAGACUCUAAACGAGGUCCUGCGGGACCCGCAAGGCCCGGAUCAAAACGAGUCGACAAUGGGCCGGCACUUUCGGGCCCUUACCUCGAUUCUCGAGCGGAAUUUGGAAGGGAAAUCGGGCCUGUACAGGGACGAGGCCCAGCAGCACCUUUUCUUGCUGAACAACGUGCAUUACAUGGCCGAAAAAGUGAAGGCUUCGGAACUGAGGAAAGUGCUCGGGGACGAUUGGAUAAGGAAGCGCAACUGGCAGUUCCAACAGCACGCGGUGAAUUACGAGCGGGCGACUUGGAGCUCGAUUAUUGGUCUUCUGAAGGACGAGGGGCUACAGAACGUGCCGGGCUCUAAUUCGGUUUCGAGGGGGGUUCUGAAGGAGAGGCUGCAGAGGUUUUACGUGUCGUUCGAGGAGGUUUACAAGAGCCAGACGGGCUGGUCGGUUAGGGACGGGCAGCUUAGGGAAGAUCUUAGGAUAUGGACCUCACUUAAUGUGGUGCAGGCUUACAGGACUUUUGUGGGGAGGCAUAUGAAUCAUGUUAGUGAGAGGUAUAUUAAGUACACAGCAGAUGAUUUGGAGGAUUAUGUUCUUGAUCUUUUUGAAGGGUCACAGAAAUCUUUACAUGGGGGGCACAGAAGGUGA